UUUUUCUGUUGAUACAUCAGUUAAUGUGUACAUGGGAUUUUUGUCGACUUUAUCAUUGCCUCUCGAGUAGUACGUAAAUUUAAUUCAACAUGGUAUGAGUGUAUACGGUGGUUCUCUUUAAUUUGUAGCACAAAAACAAGUUUAAUUUGAUUAGUUUUUAUAGCAAAGCUUUAAAGAACAUGGGGGAAGUCAGUAACAGGAGUCCUAAUGGAAGUGUCGGAGAGCAACAAAGGGAUGUUGACACUAAAAAGAGCAAAAAAACAUUUAAACCACUACCUUCAAGGCAGUUUGAAGUGAGGGAUUCGCUACUGGUGGUGAUAUGCCAAGAUCCCCAUAUAAAAGUGGUGAAAAAUAUAUUCGCGGCUUCUUUAGUGGGGUUGUUUUUGAGUACAGUGGUGCACGAUUGGCUGGAAAGGGGAGAGUUUAAAAUUGGUUACAAAGUAAUCACUGCAGGAUUCGGAGGCUUCCAUUGGGUCAUCCUCAUAUGGCUCAUGAUAAACCUAGGCGUCAUUUUGGCUUAUUUCUGCUUCAACAUAUGGGCCAAUAUCCGGAUAAACUUCCCACCAAAGGCUCAAAACAAAAGAGUAUGGGAUACAGUAUGGCUUGUGGCACUAAUAGCGUAUUAUAUUUUGCAAUUUCGUGUGAGCUCUGUGAUGGUGUGGAAACUUGAGCUCGCUAUUGUGUCUUCAGCUAUAGUCUGUCUGGAACAAACAAGGCUGCUAAUGAAAGUCCAUGCAUUCGUAAGAAGCAAUGCUGAAAAAGUACUUAAUUACAAAAGCCACAGCGAAAAGAAGUUGCAGCUGCCCAGUUUUCGCCAUUACAUCUUUUUCUUGUUUGCUCCCACCAUCGUAUAUGCUGACCAGUAUCCGAGAACCAAAAUUAUUAGGUGGAACUUGGUCCUAGAAAAAGUGGUAGAGCUAGUGGGAGUGGUUUUCUACUACGCGUUCCUGCUGGAGAGAUUCAUCAUUCCAACCCACCAAGACAUCGGCCUCCGGCAAUUUACUCUUAGCGAAGUAAUCGUGUUGAUUUUCGAUAAUUUCGCUGUAGGUCUGAUGUUCCUGCUUCUCGGAUUUUAUGUCGUCCUAGAUACGACCCAAAAUCUCGUUGGAGAACUCAUGAAAUUCGGCGAUAGGCAGUUUUAUUUAGCAUGGUGGACGGCUACCAACUACUCUAUGUACUUCAAAACUUGGAAUUUGGUGGUAGGAGACUGGCUGUACACGUAUAUUUACAAAGACUUGUAUGAGUACGUUAUACCAGGCAAUAAAACAGCCGCAAAGUUAACGGUCUUUAUUAUAUCUGCCAUAGUGCAUGAGUGGGCUUUAACUUACAUGUUUGGAUUCCUGUUUCCAGCAUUAUUUAUAGCGUUUUCGUUUGUGGCAAUGUUCUUAAGCUCGUUCAGGCUGCCCAAGCUUAAUAUAGUGAAUGUAAUUUUUUGGUACUUACUGGCCUUUGGCUCGGGGGUGCUGGUGUGUCUUUACACAUUGGAAUGGUUCGUUAGACGGAAUAUGCCAGUGGAAAGUACGUCUCUAAAAGACUUUAUUGUGCCAAGGUUGUUCACUUGCGGCUGUGUUAGUAUAUAAGUUUUAAAAUUGUGUAUUUUUUUUUAAUGUUUUGUAAAUAAAUUAUCUUUUAAAUGUUAUAA